UCUGGAACAGGGCGGGGAGAACAGUCGCCGAAUCGACACUACAAUACCUACGCGUAUUUUUGUCGAAAUCGUCGUGUUCGUGACUUGGACGCGGGUGAUAUUGCGAAAUAAUUGCGUGUUUCUGUGUUCAUUUAUGCUGUUUGUGUUAUCGUUUGUGCAUAAUAGUGAUUUUGUGGUGAAAAACGUGAAAGAACUUUAGGGUAACGAUGUCUAGCAGUUGACAUGUUUAUCUGUGUCGUGUGUGAAGAUUUUCCCUUCGCGUGAGGAGGUCCGGUGCGCUAGUGUGCGCGCUGGUUCUUUGUGUGCGUGUUUCGGACGUGGGAUACGAGAGGAUCCAAUGAUGGAUUGCAUUUCCAUGGAUGUAUAGAAUGCGAAAACCAGCAUCGCCCCAUCAAUGUGCGUAACAUUGAUCUGACCACAGCAGACAAUGCGGUCACAGGCUACAAAACCUUUACCUAAGAAAGGGGCCCUGAGUAAAACGACUUUUAAGGCAAACUCAAAUACAAAACAAACUAAGAAAAAGUCCGUAUGUCAGAAAAAAGUAAAGACUCUUUUAAACAAAACUGUGGUUAAAAAUCCUAAAAAGAAUUCUUCUAAAGAUGAUAUUAUUAAUAACAAAAACGAUGGAGAACAAUCAGUUGGCGAAAACACUGAGACGUCAUUGUCGCCAGAAAAUACUAAAGCAGGACCGUCUAAAUCCAGUCAUCCUCGAAGUGAUUCGCCGACAAAAAAGAACAAGAAAGAACCCAAAAAGAAGGAAGAUUCGCUUAAAAAUAGUCAAGACCAUAAUGUGAAGAAAAUAGUAACUAAAAAGUUUUUAAAAGUAACGAAAAAAAUUAAAAACGUCAAACCUAAUAUGAAGGUCACUGAAACGGACAAUGAUGUAAAGUACAAAAUUAAUGUAGAUGUCAUUAAAAAAAAUGCAUCAAAAUAUUCUAAAGCCAAAACUGUGAUUAAGAAAGGACAGGUGACCAAUCUGAAGAACAAGAAUGUUAGCCAAGUAAAACAAGAACAUUCAGAAAAAGAACAGAAAAGAGAAGAAAAUGAAAUUACUAAAAGUACCGGUAAAAAAGACGAGAAUGAAAAAUCAGUUGAGGGCAAAAAUAUAUUAUCAGAUAUCAAACAUGAAAAAGCCAUUGAAACCAAGUCCGAGGAAAAAAUUGAAAAUAAGGAUAUUAAUUCGUCUUUAAUAAAAAUCUCUACCAAUAUUACUUCACCAAGUAAUCCGGAAAUUCCAAAAACAGAAACUGAAAGACCUCCAAAAUUUUUUACUUCUAGCAGAUCUCCUAGAACAGUGGACAUAGAUGUAAAAUGUUUUAAAAACUCAAAAGGAAAUCUAAGUAUGUCUGAAAGAUUUUUAUCUAUGAAAUUUGAAACAAAGUCAGAAGACAAUACUAAAGAUAAAUAUAUUAGUAAUACACUUGUAUCACAAGGCCCCGAGAUUGAUGUUUAUACAUUUACAGAAAAAGUUGACUCACCGAAAAGUAUUUUAUCAGACUUCCGUAGUCCUAUAAACAAAAAUGUAGGUAGAGUUAGGCCUAUAGCUAGAGUCAAGGGUACAAUUAUAGACAGAAAAAAUGAUUCAGAGAAGAAAAAAUACUCUCCACACAGGCCUAUUGAAGAAGUAGUUAAGCAACUGAAAGCUAAUAAACGAUCUGAAGAAUGUAAUUCAAAUUCAAAUCAAUCAGUUACUUCUAACGAAAAUACUAAUAUUGUUAACGACGAAAAAGACUUGGAUGAUAAACCAAAACCCAUUAUAAGCAAAUCCUAUAAAAUGGUUGCCCGAAAAUCUAGCAUAACAGGAAAACCAUUCAGCCCAACUAAGUUCUUGGAGCAAGAACCAAAUAAAAAUGAAAAACCUGUCAAAACUAGUUUGACCAAAAAAUCUACAGGGAAAUCUAAAAAACAAAAGAAAAUGAUUUUAUCAGAUGGUGAGAUAGAAUUUUCUAAAUUUGCUCUUAAUACAAAAAGUUUGCAGUAUACUUCUUCAGACGAGAGCAUUGGCGAGUCUAAUGAUGAUAAUGACACCAAAGAAUUUUGUGAAUCUGAUACACCUAAACCCAAGAAAACGAAGACUAAAAAAUAUAAAAAGACAACUGAUAGUGGUAAAAAGUCAACGUCAAAAGAAUUAAAAGAACUGUCUAAAGAUUCUCAUAGUGAUCUUAAGGAUCAGUCAAUAUUAUUAGGGGAAAAACCCAGUAAAAGAAGAUUAAAACUCUUAUCAAUGUGGACAGGACCAAAAAAACAUAGAAUGGCAUCUCUUAAUGCUAUUGCAAAAGUGCAUUGCUUAUACGAAAAUGAAAGUCGUACUCAUAUGGAGUUAGGUUUAAUGAAAACUAUUGAUAGACAAAUAUCACCUGGUACAUCUAAACCCGCUGUGAUAAAAAAGAAAGAUAUUAAACCAAAAGAAACAGAGAAGCAAGAGAGUACGUCUGAGUCUGAAUAUGAAAAUAGGAUGGAGAAAAAAGAUGAAAGCUCAGAAAGUUCUGAUGAUAACCCCCCUCAACGAAGUCUACGGGGAGUACCAGGUAUCAGAAGUGCUGGUAAAUAUUGGGAUCCAAAAUCAUCCACUUCUUCUAGUGAAGAUAGUGAGUUAGAAACUAAAAAGAAAUCCUCUAGUCCCGAAAAGAAGAAAGCGUCUGUUAAGUCUUCAAUGAAAUCGGAUAUUGAAAAAUCUCCUGUUAAAAUGAAAAAGACUGUUGGUGUGCCUGUGAAGAAAAAACGUAAUAGAAAUGAAAUAGUAAUGGACUUAAAGGACAUGGUCGUACAGAAACGCAUGGCUAGUUUGAAUGCAACUGCUAUUCUUGCUGCCAGCUAUGAAAAACGGUCUCCUAAAUCUAGUAAGGAUGAUUCCACUUCAGAUUCAUGCAGCGAUGAGUCUUUUUCUCAAAAGCCAAAAAACGGGGUAAGUUCCGGCGUUAAGUCGGAAACAAAGAUUGAAGAGCCAAAAAAAGAAAUAGAAGAGUCCUCUACGGCUGACAGAAAACAAAAAGUCGAAGUUAUAGUUAAUCAGGAUACCGAUGUUACUAUAACUGGAGUAUAUUCAACACAUCACGAAGGUUUUUGCACAGCGAUGCAGUAUCGCAUUUCCUCUACCAGCCAUACACAAACAACAGCUACAGCAAACUGCGAAAAGGAGGGAUGCUCCCGGGAAGAUGGUUCCCGUUACACUCCGCUAUCAGCUCUGUCCUCGAUGCAGCCACCGGCGGAACACUCUCAUCCACAUCCUCAUCCAGUGUCCGAGCUAAGGCGCACGGCGGGUUGUUCCAGCGCCUUCUCAGCUCCCUCGCCGUCGGCACACCAUGAACCAGGUAAGCCCGCCUGCCCGUGCAGUUUAUGUGACGCCAUGCCUCGUAUCUCCUCUUACGGAUAUUACCAGCCAGCGGGUCCCCUGAUCAAAGAGAGCGGUGCAGAAGCGGAACGCACGCUGGCGAGAUAUCAUCCUCCGCCACAUUAUCACGCCCCGCAUCCCCCUGUACUACAGCAAUAUGGACCGCCAUACUACCCUGCGGAGCUAUGUUACAGCCGGUAUUACAGACCACCCGGCCCCUACCACAUACCACCUCCGCAGCCAGACGCACAGAUGGUAGGUGUUAGCAACGAACCGUAUCCUCCCCCACAGUAUUACGGAACACCACCGUGUUAUCAACAUUCACCACAAAGGAUACCAUACGUGGAAUACCGCCAAUGUCCGUGCCCACUAAACACGUGUCCAAAAAACGUCCUUAUUGGGCCCGCUACUGGUAAAGCCCCUACCGGUGGCGGCCCCGCGGACGUUCCCUCCGCGCUCGCGCCGCCCGGGGGCGCCUUCCGAGCGAAGGUGCGGGCGUGCGCACUCGACGCCAGCGUAGUGCCAGAUACGCUCGCCCACGGCAGCGGCAAGGAUCCGCCGCUAGAAGCCGAGCCACCAGCAGCCGCGGAUGCACCUCGUCCGUGCCCACUACCUGCUAUGGGCGGAGCGUCGCCUAAACGCGAAAUAUAUGAUGCACGCGAUAAACUUCGCCGCGUCGGGGACAUGCCCGUGCUAGGCCCGCCGUCACCGGCGCGAGGCUCGGCCGGUGUGUGCGCCCCGCAACCUCCACCGGUAGCUCCCCGCCGCGCGCGCUUAGGCAAAGAAAUGGCCCGUAGAUCACUCGCCGGCGACGACACUGGCGUCCUUCUUUCCGCCCCACUCGCCCCUCUAGCGCACCAUAGCGACGCCGACGAUGACGUCCUCGCCAUCUCACCUCCGGUCUGUGCUCCCAUUGACCUAUCCUCCUCAGAUGAAAGAUCCACACCGCUCGUGGACGUGAAAAAAGAAAACGAGGGCCCGACAAAUACGCCACCAAGAAAACCCGACGCGCAAGCACUUAGGGAACACAACUGCACUACAAACUCGGACACUAUCAAUACUAAUGAUACGGCGAAAGCGGUGAAGCGUAGACACUCAAAGCCCAAAUUAGAGAUCGAUAUGAAAGAUACACAGCUUGAGGAUAGUUGUAAAACAAAUGGUAUCGGCGAACACGUUAAGUUACAAAAACGUAGAAAAGUUUCUGGUGAACAAACGGAUACUCGGUCGGAAACGGUUACGAAAGAACCGAGAAAAAGAGCAUCGCCAAUUAAAAGGAUAUCCAAAACAUCAUCUGUCGAAAAGAAAACCGUAAAAAGAAAAUUAGACAGUACUCAUAAUGAAUCGCGCGCAAAGAAAACACAAAUAGAAUCUGUAAAUGAAGAUCCUCGUCUGAAAAAUGUAGCAGCAGUAGUCGAGGAAGCGUUACUUAUAAAACCUAAAACUAAAAGUGCACUUCUCCUCGACAAACUUUUAAGAAAAAACAGCAUCGAUAGAGCCGAUGCUAAAGGAUACUCUUCCGAUACAGAACUGAAUCCAGCGGAGUUAUUUUUAUCGCCCAAUGAAAAUAUUUCUCAAAAUUGUCCAAAAAAAACCUUAAACAUAAAUAACAAUAUUGUCGAUAAUCAUAACGCAAUUAAUGGUGUUCGGCCUAAUAAAAUAGCUGCCGUAAAUCAAUUAGUAGGGAAAAAACUACCCUACAAGAGUAAUUGUAAAGUUGAUAAAGUAGAUUCCAAAAUCACACAUAAUUUAAAAUCAGUAUUAAAAUCGCCCACCGCAAAAUCGGUCCUUAAAGAGGAAUCUAAUGUGAUAGUGAAAGAGAAGCAACCCGAUAAACUUAGUGUUAAGACCUCAACAGAUAAAAGGGAGACGACGGUUUUAAACGUCGAUAUUUCAUCUCGCAAAGAAAGUAAUCUCGAACCUGCGAUAGACAAGUGUUCAAAAGGCGGUAAACUCUCUAAGCCAUCCAAAACGAGAGCAGAAACUACCACAAAGAUCGCCGUUGUCGACGAACCCGAGCGAGCAGUAGAAUCGAAGGGAAUUACAGAGAAGCGAUCCAGCGACGCGUCGACGAUUGAUCGGCCGAGCGAUGUCGUCGAAAGCACAACAGCGAGUAAUGCGAAACCAGAGCGGCCAUCGAAACGAUGCAAGCUGAGCGUGGAGCAAAAGGGGAAGAAUGUCGAAAAAGUGGUGAAACUGCUAGUGUCGAAGAGGCCGGCGAUAAAGACAGACGACGCGGUACUGGUGACAGAGGACGCGUGCUCGUCGCCGACACCGCCGAGCGCGGGUCGGCGGGCGCGGCGGCGGCGGCCCAGCACGGUGCUGGCGCGCCGUUCGCGCCGCCCUGCUGCGCCGCUCGCGCCGCCUGCGCUCGAGCCGCGCGCCGCGCCGCGCUGGAGCAAUGGCUGGAGCUUCGACGGAGAACACUACAUUUCCAAAGUCUACCUCAAUAACGACUCGCGGCUGGACCGGCCGGCGCGGUGCUGGUCGCGCAUGUCGCACGCGAGCGGCGACCGCGUGUCGCGCGGCGACUGCGUGCUGCUGCGCGCCUCCGUGGCGCGCGCGCAGCCCUUCGUCGCGCGCGUCGCCAGCCUCUGGGAGAACCCCGACGAUGGCGAGAUGAUGGUAUCCUUGGUGUGGUACUACCGGCCUGAGCACACGGAACACGGCCGCCAGGCGGCCGACGCGCCUGAUGAGGUGUUCGCGUCCCGCCACCGUGACGCCAACUCUGUUGCCUGUAUCGAAGACAAGUGCUACGUGCUCAGAUACAACGAGUACUGCCGUUACAGGAAACGGCUAAAAGCAGCGGAAGAGGGAAUCACAUUGGCGCCCUCUAUAGUACCACCGAUGCCCGCCAGCGAGGUGAGCCCUGCGCUCGCACCCAACGACUCCAAGUUACCGCUCACCGUCUCACCGGAACUUGUACUCUUCUGUCGCAAAGUUUACGACUUCCGGUCCAAGAAGAUAUACGUCCCUAACAAAUGAGCCAUGCGAAAUAAUCGCGUGGUUACUAAUCGUUGGAUCUCUGCUGAUCUUUUUGGAGCCAAUCGUGAGCUCGAAACUAAAUGGGUGCGUGACUUUUUUUAUAAGUAUCACAAAUCGACUAAAAGGAGUGAACACCAAAGUUACAUUAUGAAGUUAAAUACCUAUUUGUCGGCGGUACUUCGUGAUACGUGGACAGAGAUGAUUGAUUCAUCGCGAGCGAAUCGAGCGGCGUAUGGGAAUGUUUGAAUGGUGACUCGGCUAUUCCUAAUCGUAGUGUGUCUCACCCCAACCUUUAAAUUAGUACAAAAAAUACGUUCCCGGGUGCAAAACGUAGAAUGUGUGACCUGUGACAAUUUUAUGUGAAACUAAGUAAAUCGUUGUGUUUAGUGAUCGCCGAUUGGUCCGUUUACGUUGCUUGUGUCGUGAUUUUGUAGUAGACAUUUCUUUUUUAAACAUUUUACAGUGAUUUGCUGUUUUAUUUUUAUUUUAUGGACGAAUAUUUUUUACAAAUGAUGCCUUUUAUAAUGUGUAAGUAGUUGUAAGUAAAAUCACGAAUGGUAAAGAUAUCUACAUAAAUAUGUAUAACAAUAUACAUAUUGGAUUUUUUCUUAGGGAUUGGCUAUGUUCUAUCCCACUUUUGGAGAAGCAAUUGUGAACGCGUGAGUUAAUAAUCUUCAUGCGAAUCGUUAAAAGUUUUGUGUUGAAAAUUUGUAUGACAGGAAUGAUUUUUAUUUUAUUUAAACAUUAAGUUUCUAUUCAGCUACGCGAGAAAAGGCAUUUAUAAUUACGAUUAUUUUUAAUUAAUUGUUACAUUGUUGUCAAAGGAGAGUCUAUAUUAAAUUAUUCUUUUAUUAUUUAAAAGUAGUAAGAGCGAUAUUUGUCUGCAACCUAGUAAGUGGGGUCUCAUUUAAAUUUACUAAAUCGUUUCCCUUAUUACAACAGGUUCACAAAAUCAUGAUAGUGUAUACAGUGAAUUUAUUGUUUUUUUUUAUUUUUUUUUAUAUCACAUGGAUAUAUUUACAAAUGUAUCGAAUACUUAAUCCUUUAUAUUUUAAAGUCCCACUGAAAUAAAUAUGACCCUUAUCUACGAGUAAGAAAUCCGUAUUAGUAGUGCUAAUGCAUCCAGUCAUUAUAAUAUCAACAGUAGAAUUUUAAACGUUUAUAUGUGUUGGAUAUUGUAUACGUGUAAUACCUAUAAAGAAAUAAAUUUUGCCUAUAAUAACCUGCCUUCGAAGGAAUUGAUUUAUUUCGGCCGUAUACAGCAAAAAUAAAAACAUUUUUCAUAUAAUGUCGCAGUACAUUGUGGGAAGACUGAUUUUGCGAAGGUGGUACACUUUUUAAUUUUGUCAUUACGCAGUCAAUUCCGAGACAACUGUGUUUGUUUGUCUACGUUCACAUAAUUAUCUACUCGUCAGCCAAUAUUUUACACUAAUUGAAAAAUAACAAGUGGGAACAUUGUAACAUAUUUUAAAUGUAAUGUUAGUGCAUAGAUGUAAACAAAAAAAAACACGUGGGUGUUGGAUGAAAAGAGAUAUAUUGUGUAUGACUGUCAUAGUGAAAUCUCUUUAUCAUUAGAAACAUAAUUUUAAGUAGCGCGGAAAAUUGAAUAAAGAAUAUAUAUUUAACGUUAUAAUUCCCGCGUGGAAGAUUGUAAAGGGCAUUUAUACGUUUGCAACUCGUGUAUUUCUCUUUCUAUCCUUACUGUUUCUUACGAUGUAUCUGUGUAUUUUUGUUUACCUAUCGUUUAAAAUGUUAAUAUUUUGUUGUACAUAACUUCUUAAUUUAUUUGUAAGACUUGCUAUUUAUUCUAACUAGUGAGAUUUAUAAAUACAUUGUCUUAUUAAAUAACGUAGGUACAUGUUCUUGUUCAUUAAAGUAGGUAAUCAAAAAAUUACUUCCUCUCAGUGCCUAAUGGACUUUCUUAAUCAGUUCAACAAAAACGUUCUUAAGAAAUUGUUGAAGCUGCAUAGGACCAACUCUCGCCAUAUUCAUGAUGUAACUACUCACCAACUAGAUUGACUAAUUGACUUGUAUUGACCUCAUAUAAAGCAUAUAUAUUUUUAAUGGACUAAAAAUUUUGAAUCGUUUACCUUCAUUUAAUUUGUAUUGUUAUAGAUCAAAGUUCAGGAAUCGAAACAAGAAAAUAAUAUAAUGAAUAUUUGCAUUACCACUCUUAUCUGAAACGCCUGUAAUAGUGUACCAUGUUUGUUCGGAUAUGAAUACAGUUCUGUAAAUAUCAGGUAAAUUUUCAUCACCCACACGCAAAUUUAUCAAUUCCGUGUAUAUUUUUAUUAGUAUAUUAAAUAAGAAAUCGUGAAUAGUCUGAAAUUAGCUUCAAAACACCGAUUUGGCGGUUAACCGUGAUCAUUUCCUAACAAGAACUUUUAUAGGCAUUACAGAAAACAUCUUGGUUCUGAAUGUAUUCUAUUAUAUUAUAUAUUAUAGAAUAUUUCACAUGUAACAUAGGAAAGGAGAAUGUUUCACCUAAAGUUAGAAAACAAAAUUACAAAAAAAUUUUAAAUCAGUUAUGACGUAUUCGUGAUUAACUAUCGAUAUAAUUGUCUAAAUAGAGAUUAUUAUUAUUAAACAAAUAAAAUGAAACAUUCAUUACAAUUCCUCAGUUCCUAUAUAGGUACUUACCUCAAACCCAAUUAAAAUUAUUGCCUACCUACUUUAUAAACCUACUUGUACAUCACACAAUCUCACUAGUUGUCUGUUCCAAAGCUUAAGUUUUCUAUAUCUUAUUCCUAUUUUCUAUUGCUUGAUGCCAAAAAAAAUUAGGUGCAAAAUUCUAUUAUUCUGUAACAAUGUAAUACCAUUUCCCUUCUAUUUAGGUUACACAGUGACGAUAUGGUCUGCGAAGAAUUAGCUUAUAAACUCACCUAUUGUAAUCACCGUAGAAUCUCUUUCAUUUUAAAUUUAUUUUAUUUUAAUGUGUGUAGAUACUUGAAUAAGACCGAGUAAUAAAAGCACAGAAAUAGUAAUAAGUCUAUUUAUAAUUUAUAAACUGUAUUGGAACUAUACAAGUAUAUGAGACUGCAGACAUGAUAAAAAUAAAAGCAUAAGUUAUAGGAUUUCAGACAUUAUAAUAUGAUGAAAACAUAUUACUUACUUGUAAACAAACUUGCAAUACCUAUACUGGAAUAAAUGAAAUAGCUUUAUGUCCCAAAUUAUUAAAUUGCUUCUAUCCUUAGAUUAAGGACUGUUCUAAUCAAAUUUCAUAGAUUAACAAUAACACGUUCUCUAUCUACAAAAGUUCCAUUUUUAAAUGUCAGUGGAUAUAUUUUUCUAAUGUUUGGUCAAGUGUAAACCCUUCGCAGAUUUUAUCGUCAUUAUUACUCAUUAUUAAUUAAUUAUAGAAUUAAUGAGUAAAUUCCAUAAUACUACUAUUACUAUAAGUAAGCUCUCCCUUGCUUGUAGGUGGAUUGUUUUAAAGAAUGUUACCUGGUAUUCUGCAGUUGCAACCUUCUUAUAGUCAAUGAUUUUAGAAUUAGGUUUUAAUUACUAAUAAGAAAAAAAAAUACCUUGUUUUUAUUAUUUAUUUUGUUUCAAUGGAAAUUAUAUAGGUAUAUUUUUAUUAUUGUAACCUACAUAGUUAUGUUGGCUGUAAUUUAAUAUUGAUGUAAUUAAUAUAUGUAUUUUUAUUUCUACAA